AUGGGUUCACAUCCUGCAACUGAUUAUUGUAAUCAAAAUAUGUUGCCCGCGUUGGGUGGCUGGGAACCAUAUAUAUUUCGACAUCAAUAUGUUCCACGUCCACUUCCAUAUGUUAACCUCAACAACCUCGAUGCCAAAUCUUUGUUCGAUUUCUGCAAAAAUGUAAAAGAAUGUGAAUCCAACUCAGAGAUGGAGGAUAUGUAUAGCUCACCUAUGGUGUUAAUUGGGAUCUAUAUCUCAGUAGCAUCUGCAAUUUGCAUUCUUGCCAUGGCACUCGAUCUUUUGAACGGUUUCAGAAUCAGAAAAUUUUGGUUUCCAACUAAAUAUUUUUCCCUCAACGCCGCCUCUAUCACAGUGAUAGCAGUGGCUAUGAAACUACCUGUUGAUUUGACUAGUCCAAUGCGAGGGACGGUGGACCAAACUGGCAAGCUUGGAAGCCUGGCCUUUAUGUGCACAAUGAUGUCUAACUUAAUGCCUUCUCUAGCAUCUAUGGACAACAAGUCACUUCUUGCUAAUAUCACAGCUUUAUCCAUUCUCGUCAUCACAGUGAUUGUGAAUAGUUUCAUUCAGAUUAGGACUCAUGUAAUUCUUCCUGGUUUCAUGGUGGUAGCAUGCAUCUAUAUGGGUAUGUUACUCUUCUUACUAAUAAUAUUGAUCUCUUCUGCCAUAACAAUUCCAACCUCAAAGAAAAUUUUAGAAAUCAAGUAUCAAGCCAUUAGCAAAACAAUAUUGAUUGAUCAACAUCAACAAGAAAACCUUAUAUCUACUGUUGAUAAGCUAAGGCAACUUGUGAAAAGAUAUUGGAUUAUGGCAGAAACGGGUAGCCCUCAAUUUGUGAUGGUGAGUAAUCCAUUAUCUUCUGCAUCCAGCAUAAUUUGUGUACUUAGUAUGCUCAUAUACUUGCUUGUAGCAUGGGUGAGAUUUUGGUUCAAUGCUUCUAUACUUACGAAUGACAGUCCAACAUUGAACUCCGUGUAUAAGUGGUCAAUGGUUAUCAUUGUCGUUACACAGUCCAUUGGAGUUGUAGUGGGUUCCAUUGCCCCGGUAUUUAGAUGUUUUACAGUUUUGAGCUUCAAAUCAUUGAAUAGGAACCAUUUGGUGUUUAAAGUAGACAAGUAUUGGACUCAAAAGUUGUCUGAUUGGAAAGAAAGUCGAAUAAGUUUUUUGUCCACUAGGCGUAGAUCAAGAGCUCUUCUUCAUAACUUGCAAAACCGGAUUUUAUGGUUUUGCAUUGGAUUUCAGAAGGUAGUUGUAGUCUCAUGCAAAAUAAUAGGGCUGCUUUCCAUUGUGGUUGUAAUCCCUUUCGUAUACUUGUCACGUUGUUUCAGCUCAGUGAAGAGGAUGUUGUUUAAUACAUCCACUGCCUCAAGCAGUGGGGAAACAAGCAGUGGGGAAACAAAUGAAGACCUCAGCAAAUAUGUUUUGUUAGUCGAAGAUAAUUGUAAAGUUUUAUGA